AUGUCAGUGAAGGAGGAUCGAUACAGCGGGGGCUCAUGGGAUGAUCCCUCCGUACAGCAAGAGAUUAUCCUCCCAAGAGACGUUUUCCGUUCGAAAUUCACACACUGGUUCUACGAACGAAUUCACCAUCGGAGGGUGAUCGUGUCCAUCUUCAUCAACAUAUCGAUAUUCAUAUAUGUGUUUAUGACCAACUCGGAAACUGGGGAGUUGUUCGGAACCAUCUGUGGAGGUUACUGCCUGGUAUGGACUCUCGGGGUUCUAAUAUAUACGUCGUCUAAAUAUCACCUCAGAAAUUGCUUUGAGCUGACAGGGCAGCUCGCUUUGAUGGUUGGUGUUAUCCGCACAAGGCCGUCAGCAGACCAAAAGACAUGGGACGCAGUUGCUUACUCCUUGAACAAAGUUUUGUACGAGAGAGGACUUUGGAACACGCCGUACUGUCUUUACAGCGGGAAACAAGCCUACGGGAUGUUCAAGAGUUGGUUAUUCAGUCACAUAUAG